AUGAAUGUUAUCAAGCUUCAGCGCAAAUUUCCUUCUCUUUCACAAGAAGAUGUAUUUGGUUUAGUAGACAAGUUCCAGCAGAUCGACUUGGACGGUAACGGAUAUGUUGACAAACAGUCUGCUAUCAAGGCACUCACUGAUUCCGGUGAAGGUUCAUAUGAUCAAAUUCGUAAUACUUUAAAGAGUGUUAAUGUUGAUGCUAGUGGAAGAGUGGAAUUGGAUGAUUAUGUCGAAUUAGUUGCCAAGUUAAGAGAGGGCGGUAGCUCUGGAGUUGGCCAAACAUCGUCACCUCAUAGGCCAGCAGUUGGCCCAAAACCAAGUACCGAAAGCAUUGGCCGUCCCAGAGGUUUCUCUGAUGCUGCCAAGGGUAACAAGAUUGUUGUUUCAGGCUCGACUAGCGGUGUCACACAUACAAUCAACGAAGAAGAGCGUACAGAAUUCACUCGUCAUAUCAACAGCGUCUUGUUGGGCGAUGCCGACAUUGGCCAUAGAUUGCCAUUCCCCACAGACACUUUCCAAAUUUUCGACGAGUGUAAAGAUGGUCUGGUUUUGUCGAAACUGAUCAAUGAUUCAGUUCCUGACACUAUCGAUACUCGUGUUCUCAACUUGCCCAAGAAAGGCAAAUCUCUUAACAACUUCACCAUGACUGAAAAUGCAAAUAUUGUCAUCAAUUCUGCCAAGGGUAUCGGUUGUGUUGUCGUCAAUGUUCAUGCUGAAGAUAUUAUUGACGGUAAGGAGCAUUUGAUUUUGGGUCUUAUCUGGCAAAUUAUUAGACGUGGUUUACUGGGCAAGAUUGACAUCAAGUUACACCCUGAAUUAUACCGCCUCUUGGAAGACGAUGAAACUCUGGAGCAGUUCUUGAGAUUACCUCCUGAGCAAAUUCUUCUUCGUUGGGUCAAUUAUCACCUCAAAGCUGCCAACUGGCCUCGUAGAGUUACCAAUUUCAGUUCCGAUGUCAAGGAUGGUGAGAACUACACUAUUCUUUUAAAUCAAUUGGCCCCUGAUUUGUGUUCUCGUGCUCCUUUACAAACUCGUGACCUGCUACAAAGAGCUGAAGAGGUGUUAGCUAAUGCUGAUAAGCUUGAUAGCCGUAAAUAUUUGACACCUACUGCACUUGUAGCUGGUAAUCCCAAACUUAACUUAGCUUUUGUUGCACACCUAUUCAACACUCAUCCUGGUUUGGACCCAAUCACUGAAGAAGACCAUAUUGAAGUCGAGGAUUUCGAUGCUGAAGGUGAGAGAGAAGCUCGUGUAUUCACUCUCUGGUUGAACAGUUUAGAGGUUGAUCCACCUGUCAAUAGUUUAUUCGAAGAUUUGAAAGAUGGUACCAUUUUAUUGCAGGCUUACGACAAGGUCAUUCCCGGAAGCGUUAACCCAAGAUACGUCAAUAAGAGACCUGCUGAAGGUGAGAUGUCUAGAUUCAAGGCUGUUGAGAAUACAAACUAUGCUGUUGAAUUAGGUAAAGCUAACAAAUUCUCGCUCGUCGGAAUUGAGGGUGCUGAUAUCACCGAUGGCACACGCACAUUAACUCUCGGUCUUGUAUGGCAGUUGAUGCGUCGUAAUAUUGUCAAUACACUGAAGAGUCUUUCUAAGGAUGGACGCGAAUUGACUGAUUCUGAUAUUUUGAAGUGGGCUCAAGAACAGGCCCGUAAAGGUGGAAAAGCUGGUGCAAUCCGUAGUUUCAAGGACCCAAGUCUUGCAAAUGGCGUAUUUCUUUUGGACGUUCUCCAUGGUCUUAAGCCUGGAUAUGUUGACUAUGAUCUUGUUGGUGACGAUGACUAUGCCAAUGCUAAAUUGGCCAUUUCUAUUGCCCGUAAAUUGGGUGCUCUUAUCUUUAUCGUUCCCGAAGAUAUUAACGAAGUUCGCUCUCGUUUGAUUCUUACCUUUAUCGGCUCGCUAAUGGCUCUCAACUUGGCGUAA